AUGUCGUCGAACAGGAUGCACAUCUCCGAGACCGAGGCUGGCCUCGACAGCUUCGACGACAUGUCGACCUGGGAACAAUUAGCAUUGUCCUCGUUCCAGUCCGACGUAACUUACUUGGGCGACGACACCAUGGGCAUGACUCAGCCACACAUACCAGUGAACAAUACCCAUGGACUGCGAGGACUAGGCACGGAGGUUGUCGAAAACAUUGGGGCGUGGACAGGCGGGACAACGGCUUCUUGUCGCGACCAAUUCGAACCGGAUGCAGCUUGGUUCAAUCAAGACUUCACGCUGUAUGGCAAUCUAGAUGCACUGCCACAGUUCCCAGCUCAGAGCGCCUCGCGUGCUGCUGAGCAGGCUGCAGUACUUCUCGCACCUUCUAUUACCCUCACGCCGCCUUCAUCAUCUGCCUCAGACAGCCCAACGUCUAACAAAAAGGCGAAGCAUGCGCGUUCAAUCCCGCGCACACAGCCGAAGAAGCGAGCGUCGCGUCCCGCGAUACCAUGCAGUAUCACUGGAUGCCAAAAGACCUUCACACGGGCAUCCGACCUUGAUCGGCAUGUUCGCAACGUCCAUGGGCAGAGUAGCCAACAUUACUCAUGUGUCAUUCACCGAUGCUUAUACCGGACCCGACGAAAGGACAAGAUGCAAGAACAUUGUCAGAAAGUCCAUGCCUAUGCCAAAGGAGCAGAGACCUUCGACACGAUUGCCGAAGAGGCCGGCCCAUCUACGCCCUUCUCGUCUUCGGAGCCUGCUUCCACGCCAGGUUCCUCCAGCACAUAUGGACAAUGA